CGACGUUAGUUGAAUCCCAAAUAGCUCCCUACUGUUGUGCACUGCGAAGGGAAUGAAGUAAUGGCUGGUUGGUGAUAAGACAUGCGCUUCUAAUGUAGCUGCUAUCUAAUAUAGUAGUGCAUUACAGGACAACGCCAAACUGUGAACAAAGCUGUGUUUAGGGGAGGUUGUUUGUUUUGUUUGGGGGAGAAUGAGUGACUCUGAGGAGCUGCAGGACCGAAUCGAGGCCCUGCAUCAACUCACUGAGUUUACCCAAAACUGUCGGACACAAGUGACGGAACUGCUGGAGGUGCUGGGAUGGAGCUGGGAGAAUUAUUCCUCACAGCAGGACAAGUUGGAGGUGUGCCCCUAUGACCCAGGUCACACAAUGCAGGGUAGGAGCAUGGAGAACCACAAAUCACCAUGUCUACUCAGCCAGUUAGGAUACUCCAAAGAGGAACAGGCAGAGAUGCACGAUACAUCAUUUUUCUAUGAGAAUACCAACAUUCCCAGCAUAAAAUUGGAUAAACAUGCACAACAUCAGGUAAUUCUGCAGGCCCGGGCGAAUGCCCCUCCUGUUCAGACAACAGGAAACUACUGUCAAAAGGAUUACUCCACUGAGCCUACAGAUGUGCCUCAGAACCACAAGCGAGCAAUAUGUGACCUCACAGCAGCUGACCGAUUGGCCCUGUAUGAUCAUGUGAUACAGGAGGCCAUACAGCAGAGUGCAAAGGCAUCCAACAAUGAUGAUCUUUAUGUAGAUCUUGUGUCCAAGCUAAACAAAGACGAGGAGAAAAGUGGUCCAAAGUCUCAUCUCGAGGUCUUGGCUGAGAUGAGGGACUACAGGAGACGUCGUCAGUCAUAUAGAGCAAAAAAUGUUCACAUCACCAAGAAAUCUUACACAGAGAUCAUUCGUGAAGUGAUUGAUAUCCACUCAGGGGAGUUGGCAAAGUUGUGGCAGGAGGAGAGAGAGGAGGAGACCAAAACUUCACAACACUCCAACAGACUGCCAGACGAAGGCCGUUCUGCCUCUGUUGAGUCACAUGACAUUCACAUGAGUUCCAGAGAAGAGAACAGCUCUCACCACAAACGUCGCCAAAAGCACAGCCGUGAGCGCAGCCAGGAGAAAAGCAGCAAAAGCAGGAAGAGGGAUUCCCAUUCUCCUGAAUCAAGGCAUCACAAGAAGAAGAAGAAGAAGAAAAAUAAGUCAUGACUUGUUUAGUUGUGAUUUAGGUAAAAAAAAUGAGCAUGAAAUGAUUUCAGAUAUGUCAAAAAAAAAGACAGAUUUGCCGUUAUGUGUGAUUUUAUUAACAGAUUGCUAGCAUUUGUUCUUUUACUCUGUUCAGUUUGGAAUAUCGGUGUGUACGAUUGAAUUAAAGGUAAUGUGAAUCUU